UCCGUUAAGUGUAUCCUGCUCAGUCCACACUGUCGAAUUCAGGGAAGAAAGAAAAACUGAACAAGGAAGCAAGGAUAAGGAGGGAAAUCGGAGAAAUAGAAAUGGUGUUAAGCUCCUUCCUGCUCGGCACCUCUUCCACUCCAUACUUGUCUUGCUACUCGCCUCCAUCCCUCACUACAAAUUCCUCCUCCUUCAGCCCUAUAUCAUUUCUUAAACCUCAUCCCACCUUCAACUACUGCUACUUUCCAGAACUAGUCCGUCUCAUCUCCUCAAGCCCCGCCUGCUCCCGAACCCCCAAUCCACUUCUUGCGCUUCGCUCCCCUUCCGCCCUCGCUAUCGACUUCGACGACCACCAACUCAUUCAGGAAUCUUCGAACACCUCGCUUUCUCCUUCUUCAACUGCCACCAGUCCCAGGGAUACCCAUAAUAUGCUGCCCAAAAUUGACAAGAGCGGAAGGUUCUGCAGCCCCAGAGCCGCCAGAGAGCUCGCUCUGUUGAUCCUUUAUGCUUCCUGUUUAGAAGGGUCCGAUCCUGUUCGUCUUUUUGAGAAGAGAAUUAACGCCAGAAGGGAGCCGGGUUAUGAUUUUGACAAGGAGUCGUUGGUAGAAUACAACCACAUGAGCUUUGCAGGGCCACCUGUUACCGCAAACACUCUUGAAGAAGCUGAUGAGCUUCUCCUCCACGAUCAAAAGGAAUCUGAAAUUGAAGCAGAAGUUCUUUCAGCACCUCCAAAGUUGGUGUACAGUAAACUAAUUCUGCGCUUCACAAGGAAACUUUUGGUGGCAGUUGCAGAGAAGUGGGAUAGUCAUGUUUUUGUUAUUGAUAAAGUUGCACCUCCUAAUUGGAAGAAUGAACCGGCAGCAAGAAUUUUGGAGCUUUCAAUUCUUCACUUAGCUAUGUCAGAAAUAGCAGUUCUAGGGACAAGGCAUCAGAUCGUCAUCAACGAGGCUGUCGAUCUAGCAAAACGGUUCUGUGAUGGAGCAGCACCCCGUAUCAUCAAUGGUUGCCUCAGGACUUUCAUCAAGGAUCUCCAGGGGACUAGUGCAGUGAAACGCAGUAGUUGACGCAUUAAAGACGGUCUGCUGCUAGAAUGACCAUCUUUUCGCCUUCUGCCAGCUGUAAGAACAGUGAUAACUGCAGAAUCCCGAAGAGGAGAACUUCUCUGUGCUCCAAACCAUCUGCAUUGGAAAGCCAUAUGGAGAGUAUAACUGCCACACAAAAUGAUCACAACCGGUGGUGAGUUCCACGGACACACAAUGUAGUUGAACGGGAGAGCAGACCGAUGAUUGAUGUGUAUGUUGUUUUCCGCAGUUGUACCAAUAUACCACUGCCGUAAGUUGGCAUUUGUGCUGUCAAGUCAAGACUAUACAUAUACACGCGCGUAUAUUGGUGGCUUGUCCAGCCAUAAAACUUGCUGCCCAUCAGAGUUAAUCUGUCCUACAUUGUUAGUAUAUGCAUCAACGGGGUUAGAUAAAUGUCACAUCAUCUGAAUUUGAAUUUGAACA